AUGUUUUUUGAUUAUAAAAAGAAUGGAAAAUUUACUGAUGAAUUUAGUGUUAAAUUACAUCGAGAUAUGCUUCUACUUGGCAUAUUUGGCUAUUUUAUUGUCUUUGCAACUUUCCUCUCUCUCUUAAUUUUGCUCAAAUUGAAUUCUUUAAAUAUUUCGAGAAUAUAUUUGAACAGAAAUGAUCCAAACAAAUUACUUUUGAGGGCUAAUCGAUUCAUUUUGCUCAGGCCGUUGACACAUUUAAACAGAAAAGACGUUCACCUUCGUUAUAAUUUUGAUGAUAAUCGUAUAGUCGAACUUUUGAGAAUUUUUCUUCACGGCUCUGCAAAAUUUGGGCAUUUGGGGAAUUAUGGAUUAGUGGAUGAUGGGUUUAGAAAUAAUUUAUUUAGAUCUUUUGUUUUGAAUGAAACUGAUAAUAUUCCGAGAAUGUUGGAUAAAUUAGAUUUGGUGGAAAGUAAUAAUAAAUUAGAAAAUAAAAAGAAUAUUGGAGGGAAAUAA